CUUUCGUGCCCUCCGUUCCCCUGCCUCCGCCGUCGCCGCAGCCAUGGCGUCGCGGCGCUGCCUCCUCCGCCUACUCUCGAGCCGCCUCGUCCCUCAGAGAUCUCAACCUUUUGCACCGGGCUCGAUCGCGACAAGAACCCUGACCACUUCGUCCGAGGCCCUCGGCCCCCCAGCUCCCGGGGCCCUCCCCUCCCCUCGGCUGUACUACCUCUCGCGCUGCCACUUCGCGACCCGCUCCUCCGGCGACGAGGACGACGAAUAUGAAGACGAAGAAGAACACUACGACGAGGAGGAUAGCGAGGGGGAAUGGGGGGACGAUGAGGAGGCGGUGGCGGCGAAGAAACCGAGCGGGAAGACGGAAGAGGAGAAGGUAGCGGAGGCGGCGGAGAUCGGCUACAAGGUGCUCGCACCGCUCGGGGCUGACGAGAAACCCUUCAAGCCCUACGAGCCCGUCUUCGCCAUCGUACAGAUCGGCUCGCAUCAAUUCAAGGUGAGCAAUGGCGACUCAAUCUUCACGGAGAGGUUGAAGUUCUGUGAUGUGAACGACAAGUUGUUCUUGAACCGAGUUCUCAUGCUUGGUUCACAAACUCAAACAGUUAUUGGGAGGCCAAUACUACCUGAUGCUGCUGUUCAUGCUGUUGUGGAAGAGCAUGCCUUAGAUGCAAAAGUGAUCAUAUUCAAGAAGAAACGGAGAAAAAAUUACCGCCGGACAAAGGGCCAUCGUCAGGAGUUGACAAAACUGAGAAUAAUCAACAUUGAAGGAAUAGAUAAGCCAGAGACUGCUGCUGUUGCUGCCUAAAUUCAUGGGAAAGAGAAAAUUAGCAGCAUACCAGUUAAAUGUCGGUCAGUCAGAUUUCGAUAGUUGAUACCAGUGAAAUGUCGCUUCUUUUCUUGUUAAUUCAAACGUUAGAGGCUGUCAGCAUUAUGACUCGGGUAAAGUACCUGACAUGAAGCCUAUGUACCGAGCAGUUUGGGUGGUGUGGAUCAGCUGAUGUAGUUUACCUAGUGACACAUAUUUUUCAUUUUUGGUUAGCUUUUCUGUGCACAUCCUUUAUAUAUGUGUACUCAGCCUGUUCGCCUGACUUUAAUUUGUACUGACUUCUAAUU